CAUCUGUGUACUCUUUGACACUGAACGGUGAGGUAGGCUCUUUUUCUGUUUUCAGUGCUUAUUUUUCGUGAAAAUUACACGAUUUUCGUGAUAGUUUGUUGCAGUUUAUACAUUUUUGAUGCCUAUAAUUUACUGAGAGCGAAAGCGCAGGGGUGUAUCGGCGCACAGUGAACAGAGCAAUGGUAAUGGAGGCGUCCCCGUCACCGCAGAGCGUUGGCCGCGAAUUCGUUCGACAAUACUACACGUUGCUCAAUAAAGCGCCCGCCCACCUGCACAGGUUUUAUAACAACUACUCGUCGUUCGUGCAUGGCGGUCUCGAUGCGCCUAACCGCGAGACGUUGCCUGUGGUAGGGCAGAAGCAAAUCCACAAUCGUAUACAGCAGCUCAACUUCCGCGACUGCCAUGCCAAGAUUAGCCAGGUGGACGCUCAGGCGACUCUAGGCAAUGGGGUUGUGGUGCAAGUGACUGGCGAGUUGUCUAACGGUGGCGCCCCCAUGCGUCGCUUUACGCAGACCUUUGUACUUGCAGCUCAGUCGCCCAAGAAGUACUAUGUGCACAAUGAUAUCUUCCGGUACCAGGACAUAGUCUUCUCGGACGAAGAGGGCGAGGGCAGUGGCCGCUCCGAAGGUGAAGAGGAGGAAGUAUCUCCCGCGGCCUACUUCCCCGCCGGGGGCUUCCCCCCUCCGCCUUUCCCUGCACCCCCGCAGCCCCCGCACGCGCCGCUGGUGUCGCCCCCGCAGCCCACGCCCCCCGUGCAGCCCGCAGUGCAGCCUACAGUCCAGCCCGCACAGCCCACGCAGCCCCAUCUGAACGGCCACCCACACGAGGACCCCACCAGGCACCUUGUGUCAGCUUUACAAGGCGCGUCGGUAACAAGUGCUCCACCGACAGAGGAAAGCAAUGAGGUGAUCUCGGAGCCACCGCCCCAGCCCGAACCGGAGCCCGAGAGGGAGCCUACGCCCCCGCCGCAGCCUGUGUCUCAAGCCCCACCGGAGCCGAAGACGUACGCAAAUCUGCUGAAGUCGGGCGGAACUCGCACGUCUCCGCCCGUUGCGCCCGCUCCUGCCCCCGCUCCCGCUCCCGCUCCGGCGCCCGUUCCGCCUCUGGAGCAGCGCAAUCGUCCGCCACGCGCGCAUCCUAACGCUGCCGUGACUUCUGAGACUCGCGAGAACCGCGAGCCACGCGAGUCCCGCGAGCGCGAGGGCCGCGAGGGUCGGCGGUACUCGGACUCGCAGCAGCUGUUCCUCGGGAACCUGCCCCACUCGGCGACCGAGGAGGAGCUCCGAGCGCUUUUCGAGCGUUUCGGCCCAGUCGCCGAGCUGCGCGUGCACGGAAAGGCUGCGGCGCCCGGGGCCACCAGGCACCCGAACUACGGCUUCAUCACGUACGAGAGCGCCCAAGCGGCGGCCGAAUGUCUGAACGCCGCUCCGCUGUUCUUCCCGCCCGAUGCCCCGGAGUCCGACCGCGUGAAGCUCAACGUGGAGGAGAAGAAGACUCGCGGAAGGGACCCGCCCCGUCGCCGCCCGACGUCUUCGCACCGCGCCUUCCCGCGUAUGCCCUACCGCCGCUAGCCACGCCGCACUCAGGUGUGAGCGCGCGUCACGACAUUGGACGCCCGCCCCGUACGAAGGGACGUCUUCCUUUAAAUUAACCGCCGGCAUUUAUUCUGUAUCGCUAUACUGUACGAGACCGUCGCGCGAUCGGCCGGCACGGAAUCCCGUCACGUCCCGUGCUGUAAACACGCUUCGCUUUCUCUAAGUAGUUAGAUAGUAAAUUAAUUUUAUUUGCUCGUUGGAACUUGACAGGGAACUAUUCUAUCGGCGCACCACGCACAUUGAAAGUCAGUAAUCUUUAAAAAUUUUGUAACGUUUCCGAUUCGUAUACGUAUACGUACGCGUAUGAACACGUAAUAGUGCCGUGUGGAUAGUUCGACGGACGGAAACCGCGGUUUUUUUGUUUUGUAAUUAUUAUAUGUAAGUAUUGCAGGCGCGCCUGUCGAGUUCUUUCGUUUUGGUAUCAUUUAUUGUUAAGGUUUCAUUAUUUUGUUACAUAUUAAAAUUAUUUGUAUGUGUGAAUAACAUUUAUUUAUACGACUAACGCAACGAACAGCAGACCCCCCAGACUCCCUGAAGUUUGACGCACGGAUCUUGAGCCACACGGGAUAUGAUUGAGAAAAAUAUAAUGCAGACAUUUUACAAAAUCAUAUAAAUAAAUCCUACGUUUUUAUUUAGUUUCGAUCAAAAUCCGUGCAAUGAACUAUAUAGGCCCCCUUAUAUUCGUGUCAACCGCGUACAUUUCGAAGCUAGAUUGUAAUACUCAAUGUCUUGGGUAAUGUUUGAUUCGGUCUUAUAUCUUCAAAAGUAUCAUGGCGUUGCAUAUCGUAUGUCCACUUUAGUUGGAGCUAUGGAGCUGUUCAUAUAUUUAUACAAACCUUGAUUGUGGAAACCCUGUUUCAAUUCCAUGCAAUGUUUUAGCAGGCCAAGGGUAAUUUUAAAUGACCUGGUUAGUAAGGGAGCAUUCAAGUAUUACUUAACGUAUUGUUCCCCCCCCCCUGUGUCACGCGUCGUAACGUGUUACUGUUAAAACCCCCCCCCCCUCCCCACAGCCCUAAAAAAUAGUGACGAUUUUAGUACGUUAAUAUUAUUCAAAGCAAUGUUACGAAUUGUCCAAACAAACAACAACAAAAAAACUCCCUUUCGCGUACGUAACGAACGUAAGUAUGUACGUACUUGAACGCUCCCUUAAUAUGAAACACAUAAUUCCAGUUUUCAAUUAUUAGGUCGCUGGAAUGAGAUGAAUGGAAUGAAAGCUCUCACUAUAGUGGACACUGCGACAUUUCUAGUUCUCUAUGUACCUUAUUACCGUAUUUUUAUACUUUUUUAUAAAAUCCUUUUAGGCUUGAGAUGUUUUACGUUUUUUUAUGAACGUGCCUGCUUUGUGAUCGUUAAUGGUUUAAGUUAAAUUCUCGUGUAUUUUCCUAUUAUUAGUGUAUCCGUUAAAAUAAUUAAGAAAUAAAAUGCGAAUCGAAUGCGAAAUCGAGUUCGUUACUCCGAAGCCCGCUCGAGUGUACUUUGCCCAUUGUGAUCCGUUUCUUGUAUAAUUAAUAGAUUACGAUAAAUUACUUUUUGCUUAAGAGUUUAGAUUUAUGAAUAUUUUUAUAGGCUACUAAUAAACAGUGUGCGGGGUCCACUCGAACGGACCUUUUGUCUGUGGUAUUUCCCUUGAACGUAAAACGCUCGUGGUGUCGGCCGCGAAGUCUAUUAUUUACUUAAAAAAUAAAUCAGUCCAAUUGCACUGUUAAAAUAUAUUUACAUCUCUCUUCAUUAGCGUACACACAACUUGACAGAAAGAGACGACAGUACUCUUUCGUGCAAUUUGGCUUUUUUGUUUUUUAUCGUUGAACUAAAAUUGUGAACAAUAGUGGGGAAAGUUGGUUGAAUGAAUUACUCAUACUUAUGAUUACAUUAUGUGAGACUAAUCAACACAUAGUAAAAAAAUACAUAAACCCGACACCACGACAGUUUUCUAAAUUACAUGUACUUAUUUAUUGUAAAUAGCUAUCUGGCGAACACCAUAGUCUGGUGCCGUCCGGCCCUAAUCAUAGAGAAAGGACUAAGAUGCCCUCAAACGUUGACCUCUCAAGAAAGAGAUUGAUGGGUCCAAAUACUUUUCAUAAUUAAUUUUUUUAUUGUCUCCCUCACACGAUCGCCCCCUAUCAACUCGAAUAGGGAACGCUCAGUCCAUUCUCUAUGAACACAAAUUUUUACGUAUAUUUUGACAUUCUCCUCCGUUGUCGUCCAUGUAUCUUAGGCGCGAAAACGAAUCGUACUCCAAUGGUUCAACUGGUAAACAUUUAGUGUUAAUUGGAUUACGGAUCUACCUACUUAAACUUCAUGUCAAAAGUGGUGCCGUGCUGGGCCGCGGUUGUUGCUGGCCACUCUAGUUUAGUCCAGUAGUCGAUGUGGACGUACGCAGCCCUCGAGCCGAUGUUAACCACAUUGUAAUACUCCCGGGCCCCGUUUGUGAAGUGUAAAUGGUGACGUGUGCGCGACUGCAAUGAGUUGUCCUCUGUAAUAGAGAUGUACUUUUUGUAACAAA